CUGUCAAGGUAUGAUCAUCUGAAAGCAGGAAGCUGCUCGGAUGUGGUUGAAGAAAAGCACAAGGAGAAGAAGACCAACAGUGUGAUGGAAAGCUGCGGAACCAUGUAUGUGCGCCACAUCGGCAUUGAUAACCAUCUAUAUAAAGGGGAUUUUAUCAUCAGCCCGAAUGGCAGAUACAAAGCUGUUUUCCAGCAAGACGGCAACUUUGUUAUCCUUGCUGACGGAGAUGACUCUCCCAUUUGGGCAACAGGAACAGCUGGUAAGAACGCAUUCAGGAUCACUGUGCAGGAGGACAACAACCUGGUCGUUUACACCGAACAAAACAAGCCGGUUUGGGCCUCUGACACCUGGCAACACUGCUACGGGUACAGCACAGCGAUGCGCCUCACUAUGACCAACGAGGGUAAACUGGUUCUUGACAAACAUGGAACGACUGUUUGGAGUGAUGGGAAAAAAUGGUAGUAAUGACAGUUUCAGACUGAACUCAUGAUUUGGCAAGAAACAUGUGCUUUGU